AUGAAACUACUCAGCUGUGUGCUUAUUUUCGCGGUGUCAUUGAGCGCCGUGUCUGCAGGCUACCUCCACAGCGGCUGGUCUUCUCCGAGUUACAGUUAUAGUGUUCCUCUAGUGUACUCCCGCCCUUACUCGUACGGCGGAGGCUGGAAUAGUGGCUACGGUGGCUGGAACAGUGGCUAUGGCGGCUGGAACCGUGGCUACAGUGGCUGGAACAAUGGCUGGAACGGUGGCUGGAACAGCGGCUGGAAGGGCUGGUAA